CAGGGAGAGAGCUUGGGAGACGGAGAAAGACAGGCUAGAGGAGACAUCGACUCCGCACCAGAGCUUUUGAAGGAUAUAUUUAAAUUAAAAGCAAAGGGAAAAGCGACUAGAUACAGCCCCAUGUAGCAGCAGUGGCAGCGCUGAGAGAGAGAGACAGAGAGAGAGGGAGUCCCAGGUGGGCUUCUGAAUUCCCAGAGCAGAGUGAUGGAGUUGCCCCAGACUCAUAGCCUCAGAGCUGGGCUACACUCAUCAGGAGCUCCUGUGAUGGUGACACGCAAGAUGUAAAACAUGUAUUCAUCACAAAGAGGCCUGUCAAAGAAGAGGAGUUGUUAAGGCUAAGGCGACACAACUUAUGUAAUUGUAUCCAUAUAAAAAAAAAAAUAAGCAAGGACAAGAUAAGCCACCGACCAAGGAGAUGGAGGAUUUCUGCUAAAAAAAAAAUGCAGGAGUGACAUCUAUUAAAGAGACGUCAUACGAAAGACACUGGAAUAAGCCUAUCAUCCUCUUUGGAAUAAAGGAAGGGUCAUGACCCAGUUGCCAUGCGCAUCACCACGGUGACCAGCCUUCCUAGUCCCUCCCCCCUCCUCCUCUUAUUGGUCCAGCUGCUGUUGCGGCUCCUCCUCCCAGGUCAAGAGGCAGUGGGGGCCGCCUCCACCUGUCCUGCGGUGUGCAGCUGUUCCAAUCAAGCUAGUCGAGUGAUUUGCGCAAGACAACACUUAGAAGAGGUGCCCGACAAUAUAUCGAACAACACACGAUACCUCAACCUACAGGAGAACACCAUACAGGUGAUAAAAUCAGACACAUUCAAGCAUUUGCGGCAUCUGGAGAUCCUCCAGCUCUCCAAGAACCAGAUUCGACAGAUAGAGGUUGGUGCAUUCAAUGGCCUUCCAAACCUCAACACUCUGGAACUGUUUGACAACCGCCUCACGCUGGUGCCAUCGCAAGCUUUUGAGUACCUUAGCAAGCUGCGGGAACUGUGGUUACGAAACAAUCCCAUCGAGACCUUACCAGGCUACGCAUUUCACCGCGUUCCCUCGCUGCGGCGUCUUGACCUCGGAGAACUCAAGAAGCUGGAUUAUAUAUCUGACGCAGCCUUUGUUGGACUCAUCAAUCUGCGCUACCUGAACUUGGGUAUGUGUGGCCUGAAGGACAUCCCUAACUUGACUCCCCUGGUGCGACUGGAGGAGCUAGAGUUGUCUGGGAACAGACUGGAAAUCAUCAGACCAGGAUCUUUCCAAGGCCUGGAAUCUUUGCGCAAGCUAUGGCUCAUGCACUCUCAGAUGUCAGUCAUUGAGCGUAAUGCUUUCGAUGAUCUCAAGAAUCUUGAGGAGCUCAACUUAUCUCACAAUUCCCUGCACUCUUUGCCCCAUGACCUUUUCACUCCACUUCAAAAGCUGGAGCGAGUGCACCUUAACCACAACCCAUGGGUUUGCAACUGCGAUGUGCUGUGGCUAAGCUGGUGGCUAAAAGAAACUGUGCCGAGCAACACAACUUGUUGUGCACGAUGCCAUGCACCCCCCUACCUGAAGGGAAAAUACAUUGGGGAAUUGGACCAGAGCCAUUUCACUUGCUAUGCCCCUGUCAUUGUGGAGCCACCCACCGACCUCAAUGUAACGGAGGGCAUGGCUGCCGAGCUCAAGUGUCGCACUGGUACGUCUAUGACCUCUGUGAAUUGGAUCACACCAAAUGGCACCCUAAUGACCCAUGGCUCCUAUCGUGUCAGGAUUUCAGUGCUGCAUGAUGGCACAUUGAAUUUCACCAAUGUUACACUGCGUGACACUGGACAAUACACCUGCAUGGUGACCAACUCAGCUGGGAACACUACGGCAACUGCUGUCCUGAAUGUGACCGCAGCAGACGUUAGUGUCAACUACACCUACUUCACCACAGUCACAGUAGAAACAGUGGAGACUACAGGAGAGGAAGAUUCUGCCUUGCGUACCUUUAACGAGACUUUCAUCCAUAUUCCUGGUCCGACCCCUUCUGGGCAUCUCUGGCAUGAAGUUGUUCCCACAACUGCCUCUUCUCUCUCAAUCUUUGGCUCAUCGUCUUCUCCUCGAGCAACCAAACCCACAUUCACAGUCCCCAUUUCUGAGCCCAGUUACCCCUCUGGACUGGAUGACGUGAUGAAAACGACCAAGAUCAUCAUUGGUUGUUUUGUGGCCAUUACCUUCAUGGCUGCUGUCAUGUUGGUGGUGUUCUACAAGCUGAGAAAGCAGCACCAGUUGCACAAACAUCAUGGGCCGGCACGAGCCAUUGAAAUCAUUAAUGUUGAAGAUGAGAUUGGAGCUGGAACGGGCCUGCGUGGCAGCGGCAUCUCAGGAGGAUCCACAGUACCCCAAAUAGGGUCUGGAGGAGGCGGACAGAGUUUGCGGCUGCACCAUCCUGAAAUUGUCAACCUCCCCAACCUUGCACGAGCAGACCAUCUUAAUCAUUACUACAAGCCCCAUCACUUCAACAAUAACAUGAUGGGUCUGGGCCUUGGUGGAGGCCUAAAUAAUAACAACAACCCUUCACCCUGCUCCCAGGUCCAGACACCCAUCUCUUGCACGCAGGUGCCAGUCUCUGCAGGAAGUACAUCAUGCUCCAUACCUUCUCCAAUGCCUCUGCCAACCCUUGGCAUCCACGGGUCACUGAAAGGCCUGAUGGGUAAAGGGCAGAACCCACAGAUUGAGCCAUUGCUCUUCAAGAGUGGCUCCAAGGAGAAUGUCCAAGAAACCCAGAUCUGAAGUUGAGAAAGUGAGGAAGGGAGAGGGGGAGAAAGUUAAAUGUGCAUAUAA